AUGAAGGUUCUAGCAGUACUAUGGACGGUAUGUUUGGUAAGACUGAGUUACUGUGGAGGUGAUGGUGGCAAAGGAGGACUAAAGGAAGCAGAGAAACAGACUCCUUCUACACAUGCUCAGAAUCAACCACAAGAACAACAGAAGGAACAAAAUCUUCAACCUAUUCCACAAGGUGUUCAGGGUAAACCAGCAGCUCCGGUUACUAAGUCAGCUGGACAAAGAGUUACUCUGGAUCUUUCAAAACCAGAUGAAACAAAAGUAGACAUUGUCAAGGCUAGUAAGAAUGGAGUGGAGAAGAAGACUUAUUACCCAAAGAAAGGUAAUCCUAUCCUCCAUCAAGUUGUUGACGACCAGAGUUCUAUAUGGAGCGCUUCUGGAAGGGAAAUAUAUGUAUUCGUACAAUCUCAUACAAAGGGAAAUUCCUCUAUACUUGCCAUUUAUGCAGAUGUCGGCUCCUUCAAAUACAAAAAGGAGUACUUUGAGAAGACUGCUGAUGGCUGGGUCUCUAUUGAUAAGGAAGAUUAUGAUAAGAAAUUUGUUGAAAUGGGAUGCCCUAAAAGGAGUCGUAUCAAAAAGCUCCUAGGAUCCUACUAA